CCACCCCCUCCUUUCCUACUAAUUAUCCGCACAUAUUACUUAUUGGCCGAAUUUGAUAUAUAUAUAUAUAUAUAUAUGAAUGCAUAUCUUUAUGCCUCACCCACCUCUCUUUCUCUCACUUGAGCGAGCUAGAGAGAAGGCAAGGGAGAACAAAAAUGGAAGGUGUAUCGGCGAGCAUGUACAAGGGGCUGAGAGGGUACUGGAGGAGGAGAGACUACGAGAAGCUCAAUGGGUCGGGUCGGAGGCGAAGGGCGAGGGUGGAGCUGGGCUCGACUCGUCGGAGGCGGUUCUGGCGGAUCAAGACCGCGCCGAAGCUUCGGCGCCUGAGAGCGUCUUCGCCCAAGAAGCUCUUGCGGUGGCUUCGAGACUGGUACGUCAACAUGAUGCUGCGAUUGGCUAACUCCCGGGCGUUCACUGCCGGAGUCGCCGGAGGAUACGGUGGGGCCACGUGCGAUGCGAUUGGUGGGUUCGCGAGGGCCCCAUCUAAGGAGUACGAUGAGAAGGUGAUCGUUCAGAUCUACAAGAGUGUCGUGAUGCCGCAGGGCAUCGCGAUGUAGCAGAACUUGGCUCAGAACGGUACUUUCUCUUUUGUCUUUUGUUGGGUGAAUAACCAGACGGUAAUUUAAAUUAAUUACGGGUAUUGUUUUGCAUCAGCACAGAUUUGAUUAAGUGCAGCAAAUCAUGCAAAUUGAUCUCGGUAAUUCAACAUAAAAAUUAAGAAAAUUUAUUUUCCACUUUAUUUUUUUUUGUUGCUAUUUUUAUUUUUAAUGAUGUUCUUGUCAUUGUAAGUUGUAACAAUAACUGAUAAGUGAUCAUCCGUUGUAAAAAUGCUAAAUCUGAAAUAUUAUCUGACUUCUUACUAAUAAUAAUUAGUUGGAACUUGAACGCUUUUUAGUAAUAAUUAGUUAUAUUUAAAGGGUAUUUUUGUCCUUUCACUUUUUGAUAAGUAAAUAAUAUUUCUUCUACCCAAUAUUAUCUAGUUCAAAUGAACUAAAAAAUAUCCUAAUUUUAUUAUUUUAUGUCAAAAUAUAGUCCAUAAUUAAAUUUAGGAAAAUAUUUAUCGAAAUAAUUAAGUUAGCGGUUGAGGCGUUAAAAGUCAGCUAGAUAAUAGACUACCAUAUAAUCUUAUAUAAAAACUUAUAAUAAAAGUUUUAGGACUAAUAAAUUGACUUCUAAUCAUGUGUAAUUGAUUUUUUUUGGCACUUGGGACCAAUAAAUACAUUAUAUAAUAGAGGAAUAUAUGAUCAUGGGUGCAAGUCACUUUGAUUUGACUCCAUCUUAAAGACAUUUGUUAUUAAUUCAUCCAAAAAAAAGAAAAGACCCAAAAAAAAAAAAAAAAAAACAAAAACAAAACAAAACACAAAGAGUAUAAUUUUAGUUAAGGUGGGGGAACAAGCAAUGACCGGUAAUAAUUUUAGUUAAGGUGGGGGAACAAGAAAUGACUGGUAAUAAUCAUGGCCAUAUAUUCCCAUUUUUCAAAACAAUUUAAAAAAACUUCACAAAAACCGCAGUUUAAUUAUUUUUCUAUUUUAUUUUAAAUUUAACUUUGAUUAAAAAGACUCUAUAAAUAACAAGAUCCAAAAAAAGUGAAAACUAUUUAGUUUUUUAAGUUUAUGUAUUCAUUAAUCUUCCCAUAAUUAAGAAAGAAUUAAGAAAAAAUAAACAAAUAUAGUAGAAAAAAAUGUAGAGAGUUUGGUGUUCAAUUCAUUUUAAAAGCGACUCUCCAAAUU